AUGAAUCUAAACUCCGGCAACAGUUCGGCAAGGCCAACAGUUCGGCAAGGACAACAGUUCGUCGUGGUGAAGGCUGAUGUCGAGUGUGGAACAGUUUCAUAUUUCACCUAUAAUGCAGCCAAUAUCCGCGUAUCGACUACUGCUCCUCGGGUCUGUUAUGGAGAAUACUUGUGCUGUGGGGAUGCACCAAACGAAUACUGCUGCAACAGUUUCUCGCCGGCCGGAAUCGCCGCCGUUCUUGUCGCCAUCCUCUGUCUGAUAGGGGCCAUAAUUGUCAUAGUUAUCAUCGUAUAUGUCAUUUUCUGGAAACAUCGAGUGGCCGAAGAGGAAGUAAUUGUUGAAGAGCCUGUGGAAAUGCCCCCGGUGAUGCCCCCGGUGGCGCCACCGAAGCAAAUGUUAAUGCCACCACCAGCGGUGAUGCCGCGACCUAUGCGCCAGGAAGUUAUAGUUCAACCACCUCCUCCUCCGCAGCCUAUUGAAAUUGUCCCUGUGGUUGCGCCUCCACCUCCCCCUCUGCCUCCAAAGAUAGUAUUUAUGGAAGUUCCCCCACCUCCUCCACAACCGCGACAGACUCUCUACGUGGAGGUACCUCCUUUACCUAAACCAGAAACACCGCCGCCUCCCGUUGUCAAGCUUUCUCUGCCUCCGAUUCCCAGACCGAAAACACCACCAGCUCCAAUUGUGCAUGUUGAUCCACCAAAACUUCCUCCCAUUCCUGAACCUCCCGCACCAAUUGUUUAUGUUGAAGCACCGGAAUUGCCUGAAAUUCCUCGUCCUCCGACACCUAUUGUCCACAUCGAAGCACCAAAAAUGCCACGGAUACCAACACCACCAGCGCCUGUUGUCAUGAUAGAUCCUCCAGUACAGCCACGACCGAGAACUCCUCCACCUCCUAUCGUAAUGAUGAACCCUCCGCCGACGCCGCCACCACCACCUCCUCCACAAGUCGUGUAUGUUGACGCUCCACGACCCCCGACACCUCAAAGAGAAAUCGUCUAUGUAGAGCAACCGCAGCCGGAACCACAAUUGGUGUACGUAGAACAGGAAAAACCAAGAUUACGGAGAAUUGAAGUGGAACCCGAACCUACUCGCAUUAUAGAAACCGUUGAAGUGCCCGAUAACAUUUAUGCACGAAGUCUUCGUCGAUCCGCAUUUAGAACUUAUGAAGAACCCCCUAGAGCCAAGAUAGUUGAACUAGAUCAAAGUCCAACGAUACAACGUCGCACUACAGUGCGUGCAGAUGACUAUAGUUAUGGUUCUCCCCGUAUGCGGCGUUCCCAGCGUGCAACCGUUGUCCGAGACACCGAUUACCGACAAUCACAUCGCGCGACUGUGAAGGAGAGAGACGGAGAUGAGUACGGAGGCGGAGAUGGCUUCGUUUACCGUGGUCUUGGAAGGAGCACGCGACGGGUUGGUGAACCAGAAACAGAUGACUACUUCUUCAAUUAGUCAUCGGCGGGAUGAACUGCCGCAUCAUCAAUUCUUAAGUGUUAUGUGAAAGGUGUCACUGAAGAAUACAGACUUAUCACGUGGUAAACGACUACUGCAGAACAAAGUUACUUUGGUGCAAGAUAAUCCACGUCACGUGAUGAUAGGUGCGUUUGAGGAUAGAUGAUAAUGGAAGGGAAAAGAGUUUUUGUCUUAGGUCGGCGCACGAUGUUUUACACAUGAAAAAAAAAACGAAAUAUCGAUAUCAAAUGUUUAUUAUCAUUCAAAAGACAAAAAAAAUCCAGUGUUUUGAUGUUAUAUUACAUUUGGCAGAUAAUUUGUCUUCAGUUGAUAAAAUGUUUAAUUCAAAUAUCUUCUUCACACAAUACCACUGGAAUGAGAGGGACUUUUAUGUAACAGUUAAAGGCUUGAUAAAAAAGUAUACAGCUUCUUCCUUUAGAAGUGAUGACGUUCAUGUGCAAUUAAAGAACUAUUGUCAAAGAUUAUAUAG